AUGCUCUCUUCAAUCCGUCCUCGUUCAUCAACGAUACGCGGAAGAAUCCCUUCUCUAUCAUCGACUGCCAGACCAGUAUCCGUCUCAAAAACAGCACGACAGUUCUCAACAAGCCCUCUUAAUCAAACCCCAGACACGAAACAGAAUCCGACAAUUCUCCUGCGAGACAAAGCGAAUGGCUUCGGGUUUGCGCGCUCGAAUCCUCGUCCCAAGAAGCCGCGGAUGAAGGGAGUCACGGAGAUUAGAGGGCCGUAUUAUAGCGUCAUGGGUAAGCGGUAUUUCGCUGAUUUACUUGAGACUAUGGGUGCGCAUGUAGAUGGUCUCAAAUUUGCUGGAGGGUCGUUCUCUCUAUUCCCCGAAAAACAACUUCGAGAAUUGAUUGACCUCGCACAUGAGUAUGGCGUAUAUGUCUCAACUGGUGGAUGGGCAGAACACCUCCUCACCCACGCCGACACCGAGACCGUUUUUGAAAAAUAUCUUCUCAAAUGCAAAGAUUUAGGCUUCGACGUAGUCGAACUCUCAUCAGGCUUCCUCUCCUUCCCCGCGGACGACUGGCUGCGCCUAAUCGACAAAGUCCACAGCCACAAAUUGAUCGCCAAACCCGAACUAGGAAUCCAAUUCGGUGCCGGUGGCGACACCUCCGCCGGCGAAUUAGAAGCAAUCGGCACCUCCGACCCAGGCAAACUCAUCAACCUAGGCCAAAAGUUUUUGAGUGCAGGCGUCGAAAGACUUAUGAUUGAAUCCGAGGGCAUAACCGAAAAUGUAAAAUCCUGGCGCACCGAUGUCGUGUCGAAGAUAAUGAAAGAGUUACCCAUGGAACGGGUGAUGUUCGAAGCUGCAGACCCGAAAGUGUAUAAUUGGUACAUUAGAGAGUUUGGGGUGGAUGUUAAUGUCUUUGUGGAUCAUUCGCAGAUUGUGCAGUUGGAGUGUUUGAGGAGGGGGAUUUGGGGCAUGGCGGAUACGUUUGGGAAGGUUGUUUCGUAUCGAUCUGCGGCUACUGAGUAG